UUAGACGUCUCGGGACAUGAAUUAUUUUCUACUACGAGAAAAGAGUUUCUUGCACUAAAUGCGCGAUAAACGCAAACAGGGUUACACAUUUUGUACACAGGGACGCCGUUUUUUCAUAAAAUAAUUUGUGUCGUUCGCACAUGGUUUCAAGGACAUCUUGCGACUCUGGUGAGAAUAGUGUACUUUAUAAGAAGGAAUGUCCUUUUGGUAUUUAUUCUCUGACGUCUGUAGGUGACUUUUGGUAUAUAACAUCGCUCUGCAUUCUCAGAUGAGCUGAAUCGACGGAUUAAUAUAAGGAGGAUACAUCGCAGUUACAGCCAAGUUCUGUGGACUACGCAAGAUGACAUAGCACAACCAAGAGCUGCACAUUCGCCGCAGAUCUGAACGAAGGACCUCUACUCGAACUAUAUCCCGGGAAAAACUUCGCCGAAAUUCAAAAUGAGGCGAGCGCGACUGCUCUCAAGAGACCCGGAUGAUGAGCCUACUCCCCUCAGUCUCCUCCCCUCUCGUUUCUGCCUCAUCCGCUCAGCUAUCGACGUCCGGAACCUUGAUGUUCCAAAACAACCUCGAGUGAAAUCAGCAGGGCGUCUUGGCAUAGCCAAAUUCGCACGAGAUCUCGAGAGAUUCCACGAGGCGAGAAAGGAGACUGCGUCUGCGCAGAGUAACCAUCGAACCGAUUCGAGCCUGAGUCAGAGAAGAUUGCGGAGGGUUACGUAUUUGGAGUCGGACUCUAGUGCGCCGGAAACCCCCAGCGGGAGAAAGAGUAGGCAGGUCUGGUCAAGGAGAAGAUCAAGAGAGCGAAGGAAAACCAAGCAAGAAGAAAAUGAGCCACGGGAAGAGGGACAGGUACGUUCUUUUACUUCGAUGAGGGUUUUUUCAUGGAUUACGCGUCUUAGCUACUGUUGAUGAUGCAGCACCAGCUCCAUGGGCUAUAGUCAUUCAAAUGGUCAACAUUGUCUGCGGACUGUAAAUCACCUCUGCCAUCAACAGGGAUUUACAAAUACAUGUAGAUUGACAGUGCUGCUUAUAACAAAUCUGCUGGUAUAGGCAAGAUGAAUAUUGCCUACUACCGCGUUCCAAUCAUGAUGUAUUUUGACUCCACUUUUGAAGGCUAGAAAGAAAUUCAUAUUGGUUUUUUGAAUGGUGCAAUACUGCAGCCGACUCUUGAGAGUAAUGCUAGAUGUUAGCGCCUCCAUGACCGUCCAAACCGCCACGGAACUUCAGUGGCAUACCUUAAACAACAGCUCAGAGGCGCAGAAGCUUGUAUUCAAUAAGUCGUUGUUUUCGAGAGAUCGGAUAUACGCGAGGGUACCCCCUUGGGCAAAAAAGAUACUUGAGAAGCCACCGGACUCGAGAACAGAAACCGACUGCCGGAAACUUCAUGCUUUAUUGAGAGGGCUGAAGAGUUUUGAUAGAUUCACGGAGAAGAUACAGUUGUCCAUGUGCAGGUCUUUUUCAUACGAAAGUGUUGAUGCCAAAAGAGUAAUUCUCAGGAAAGGUCACGUGGGUGUGAACUUCUAUUUCAUCUACUCGGGAUCAGUUUUCGUAAAUGUCGAAGAUGUCAACGCCAAGGGAGAGAAGUUCAUAAAAACAGAAGUUACUCUGACAAAGGGAGACUCUUUUGGGGAGUUAGCCCUGCUACGUGACAUCAAACGAACUGCUAGCAUUGCUUGUCGCGAGAACUGCGAACUUCUCUGCGUGGACAAGGACGUGUUCGCGCGACUAUGUCCAAAGAUCUUCGAGAAGGAACUCGAUGAUAAAGUCAGUUUCCUUAGCUGUUUGCCCCUGUUCCAUCAGAAGCAGUGGACGAAUGAACAACUCAGGAAUAUUUGUUUCGAGGCGCAGAUUCAGCAGUACAAAACAAAUAAAGUAGUUGUAUCAGAUAGCGUCGAUGAUGAGUGGAUAUAUAUUUGUAUCGAGGGGAAAUGUCGCAUCAUCAAAUGUUUGGCCCUGAACGAGGAUUAUACACCUGAAAAGCGGGCCCUGAGCGAAUCUAAAGAAGACAUUUCGGUGCUCACAAGCAUACCGGAAGUUAACAAAGAGGAGCUGUUAAAGCGGAAGUUAAAGAAUAAGGAAGAAAAUGACACACCCGAACCGAAGACAGCCGCCGCCAUGACGAUCAUGGAACUCCGUGAAAUACUGAAGGAGAUCCCUGAAGAUGACGAGAGAUUCACUGAACUCUCGCAGAUGAGCCGAGAUCUCGAGGCUGUGCGAUAUCUGCUCGAAGGUGAUACAUUUGGUGAAGCCCUGCGACAGGAGGCGGAGUACCCCGAACAACACAAAGACAAUAAGGCGAGGAUGCUGAACUCGAUGGCACUGGAUUAUGUAGAAACCAUGAGGAAGGAAGCCUCAAAUAAAGAGAAACUACAAGAAAAGAACAGUUUGUUUCAGAAAAUGAAGGGCUCUCUAAAUGAGAACAAAUCUAGCAAAGUGGUGCAGGGCGUGGUGUCAUUCAACGCGCUCAUGUCCAAUCAGAUCAGGCAGGCUGAGAACGAGGAAUAUGUCUACCUAGACAUAGCGACACUCAGUGAGAAUGAAGUAUUUGACUUAGACAACAUCUUACAGUAUUCCAACCACCACAGCGACGACCGACCAAAACCGAAAAGUUCCAUCAUUUUGGUUAGCUCGGGAGCGAAGCUAUUGAGAGUAAGACGGGGGAGUUACUUUGCGUAUGCUUCGCAAGAGGCUGUGGAUGUGGCAAGGACUAUAGCUACAACUCACUCGUACCCUACAGACGACGUCCUAAUCAAUUCCUACAGGCAGAAGUCGAGAUGGGACGCUUACAAACACACUGUCAUUAACACAGUAGUGGAACCUCUCUUGGAUCAGUCGAGAAGAAAGUAUUUAUCCAGAUACAUGGUCAGCUCCGGCGCAGACAAGAAAAAGCAGGCUCUGAAGUUGCUGUCCUCGCUCCGGAAGAAUAAGUCCGCGACGGAGCGCCCAAAGAAUGAUGAUAUCAGACUCGAUGUGUCCUUGGCGCGGACCGAACAGAGAAUGAAACGGGGCAAGUUGAUUGUAACAGGCAUGGAGAAUCAAGUGAACGAUCAGAGGUACUCGCAGCCAAUCGUCGUACGCGGUAGGCGGACAUCGGGUUUCGGGCAGGAGAAACUCGCGGUCAGCCCGCGGAUUACCGCGAGCCCAAUAUCAUUGGAAGGUUCUGCGUUGCCGCACCGUACGCCUUCGGGAGUCAUCGGGGAACUGGGGCCUAUUCCAGAAGUGACGACUAGUUUCGCUUCCAUUCCACUGUCCGCGAGUACGGUUAGUUGAGGUAGGAGCUAAGAGGUUUGAAGGAAGAUUUGAAGUGGUGCACUACUUCUUUUGGAUCAACCGAACACUUGCAUUCUUUUUUUAGCUCAAAUUCCCUGAUUUUUAAAACUGUACAUAAAACUUUUAAUAGACUGAGGUGGAUGGGGAGCUAAAGUUACAACUUCAAUUCAGCCGACGAUGUGGGUGCGUCUCAUGGGCAUUAGGGAGGUCGCCUCCCCUUGAGUUUUAAGUCAUGGAAUUCGAGCAGGACUUCACGACAUUAAACCUUCGUACUUCUUCGUUCGGGACGAACUCUAGAUAAGGCUGUGUUCCUUUUCUUUCCCCGUUUCAAAUACUUCGUGAAAGGUGGCUUAGAGUUUUUAUCAGAUGAUUCGUGAUAUGCUGUAGGUUCAGACUCAAUAGAGAAAUACAUUUCAUAAUAAAAUGAUAACAAAUUACAUGUGUAUUACUUUAUGAAAGUUGACAAUUAUUUCUUGUUCCAUAAUCAAUGGUUCCAAUCAGCCUUAAUAAGUCAAUUUGGAUGCAUUCAGAUUAUAACGAAAAGGUAAACAAUUUUUCAGACUAAAGUUUUCAGACCUCAAGAAAAUCUUGAUGGCACUUUAUAAACAAUGUUGAGUGUUGCAGUUGCAACCAAUGAAAAACCUCGAAGCAGCAGAGGUCAAGAAGCCAUGAUAUCAGAGUCCAAAUACUCCUCAAUUAGUUCCAUAACAUUCCGCUGCACAGUACCUGGCGGAGAGUUACGGCGCAUGUCGGGUGACGUCAUGAGAUCAGUCUGAAUGAUAUCCGUAAGAAGGCGCUUUAGGCCAGUUAAUCUUAACAUCACACUUGAGACACCGUUGAUGUUGGCAGCAAGUGAAAGAGAGUCUGGUGUCUCGAGGAUUAUCCCGCUGACUGUUAUAAACCUAUCGGCGGCCGUACUGUCUUUGAAACUCACAGUUCUAAUGACAUUGUCGUGUACGCUAAGUGGCUCACUUAUAUACAAGAUACGUGGGCUAUCGAGUGACAUAACUAAUAAAUGGGACGUGUAAAUCGUUUUCUUCGUCUCCUUGACAGCAGUUUUUGCAUUUGUGACACCCACGUGAUAUGGCCAUACAUAGAGUUCAAGCGGCGAGCCGCCGGUAAGGAGUCCAAAAUCA